CGCUGCAGUCGAGCGCAGCCAUCGAACGGAGCGCACCGCACGCACACAGCAAUACGCUGAUAACGCGCACCAGAGCGCACCGACCGUCGCGGGCAGCAGCACAAGCAGUCGCACCUGCGUGCUAGUGGUGCCAACGAUUACGAUAUUUCCGUAAUCAUCGCCGCAGUUGUAAAGCAUAUCGUGAGUAUAGUACUAUACACCCAGCCGGUGUGUGCGCGCAUAUUGCAACAAGCCAAAGCUCGCACGGCGACGAAGAGUUGUAGAGUUGUAAGAACGUCGCCCGCCGUGCGCGCGGUUUAAUGGCGUACGGGGACGUCGCGUAGUCGCGUCGAUAACAACACAACACACCUGCACGCGCUGUAUUCGUGCCAACGGGGUGCGUACGCAGGGAUUAUUUCCAGCCGACGAUGAAGAUGUGGACGGGAUUGCGUUUAUUCGCGCUGGUGGUGGCUGUGGUGUCGCCGACGUUGGCCGACUUUGACGACUACGACGGUGCGCCCAAGCUGGACAUUGACAACCUGGACAAUGGCUACCAUGGCCUGGUGAAAGAGAACGAAACCGUCGUCGAAGUUACACCCGCCAUUCGCGCUCUAGGGGAUAAUGUAUGCUCGUUUCGUAUCGUGAACAAACAUCAUGGUGAGGCGCCCUUCCUUAUCGACCUGAAAGAAAAUGGCUACGCUGAGCUGCGCGCGCGUAGAGUACUCAACUGCGAAAAGCGCCGCAAUUAUAAAUUCGACAUCGCUGCAGUUGGAUGCGACGAUAAAGAAUCCGUCAGUGCGACAAUUCACAUCACCGUCUCGGACGUGAACGAAUACGCGCCGACAUUCUCCGAGCCAUCCUACGUGCGCCAAGUGGACGAAGGUAAAAUCUAUCAUGAAAUCGUCCGUGUUGAAGCCACCGACCGCGACUGCACGCCGAAAUUCGGCGAUGUCUGCAAGUAUGAAAUCCUCACAUCGGAUCAACCGUUCGUCAUCGACAUGGACGGCAGCAUUCGCAACACCGAGGCGCUGGAUUACGAACGCUCGCACAACCACAUCCUCAGCGUGGUUGCUUAUGAUUGCGGCAUGCGACAAUCACUCCCGGUGAUGGUCACCAUCAAAGUCAACCGGGUAUGUCGCCUAGGCUGGCGUGGAUUGCCCGAGCGAGUUGAUUACGCACCCACCACAGGUAAACAGGAGUUAUUCCCGGCGGCCGCGUUGGAAUUAUGCGAUGUUCCAUGCAACGUGCGUGAAAUCCGCGCGAGAGUUGAUCUUGCAACGCGACACAUUGGUAAGGGAUGUGAUCGGGAUACUUAUAGUGUUGAAUCACAGAGGAAGUUAUGUGGAGCGUCUCCGAAUGCCAUUGAUUUGUUACCAUCGCCUGGUUUGGGUGCAGAAUGGACUAAACCGUUGAUCAGCGAUGAAGGACACGAGUCUGAUCAGAUGUUUGAGUUUGAUGGGAGUAGCGUAGCUGUUUCAGUCCCUAAUAGUGUCCUGGAUCACAAUUUACCGCCGACUUUUACGUUUGCUACAUGGAUGCGACAUGGAGCACACGCUGGACAAGAUAAACACGCUAAGGAGCAUUUAUUAUGCUCAGCGGAUGAUCACAAAAUGAAUCGACAUCAUUACGCGUGGUUUGUGCGUAACUGUCGCUUGAUUCUCUUGUUACGUAGAGAUUUCUCCGAAGGUGAUUUGAAUAUCUUCCGCCCAGCGGAAUGGCGCUGGAAGUUACCACAGGUCUGCGAUGAUCAAUGGCAUCACUACGCUGUGAAUGUACGCUUCCCGGAUGUCGAACUUUAUGUAGAUGGACAGUUAUUCCGCGCAGAGAAAAAGAACCCGGAGGUGAUUGAUGACUGGCCGCUGCAUCCGACGAAGGGGAUUAAUACCACGUUGACGGUGGGUGCGUGUUGGCAGGGCAGCGAUAACAAGAUGAAACAUUACCUCAAGGGUUAUCUGGCGGGAUUAUCUGUCCUGGUUGGCGAUACGGAGAAACCCGAGGUGUUGUCCUGUUUGCAUCAGUGUAAGGAAAGCCUACAGGUACCUGCGAUGGAACUGCUACAACCCGGGAUGGAGCUAUUGACGAAUUCGGAUCUGACUGAGGUCACAGUCGAAGGUGACAACCGCACUAAUCUUGAAGUUUUGGUAAGAAGAAUUGGAUAUGUGAAUAGUCGUGAAUUCCCGACGCCUGGCAGACGUAAUUUGAGAUUAACUACAUCAGUUACCUGCGAUAAUGGUAAGUCUGUGAAGGUACCUGAUGCGCAGACGUAUGUCAUGGUCCUCAGACCACAAACACCGUCGAUUUCCAUCAAUGGAACUGGUAAUCUCGCACGAAAAUAUGAAGAUUUCCGUAUGGGCGUGAGAGUACUUGCAGAUGUGCACAUUGCAGGCGAGCAGAAACUGGAUAAAUGCUCCCUGACGAUUUAUCCGAAUCUCAACCCGGAUCAUGAGAAUCUCAGCGUGCCGGAGGAGAUGUUGAAGCGGUUGGGAAUGGCGGCCAGGGUGUCCAAAGAUGGCGUAACGAUCACAGGCAGUGAUAUGUUCUAUAAUUACCAGCAAGUGUUGCGGCAGAUUGUCUACACGAAUCGCAAGCCGGCGUAUUAUCUCAAUCGGGUGUUCAAGUUGACUUGCUCCGAGUUGAAUGGAAGGUUUACUUCGAAUGAAUACGUCCAGACUUUGACAGUUAUCCAUCCAACACCGAAGGAGCCCAUCGUUGCGCAUGCGCAGGCUGCACCCAAACAUAAUGUGGAAAUGCGUCCGGCUUCUGUAGUUGCACGAGACUACUCACCGAGCGCUGCCGGGGUGAAUGAGCAUCUAUUGGCUACGGGCGGAUCACACGCUGUUACUAUUAUAGUAGUUGUGUGCGGCGGUUUUCUGGUUUUCAUGAUUGUAUUAGGCGUGUUCCGGAUACGCGCCGCUCAUCAACGCGCAGGCGCUGAAGAGGUGGCUGAGUCGGAAAUGACGUGGGAUGAUUCAGCGCUCACCAUCACCGUGAAUCCGAUGGAGCAUGCUGAGAAGAAGUUGGAGGGUGGUGGGAGCGGCGCUGGGGGCGGUGGUGCCGCUUCGGCUGAGUUUACCGACUCGGAGGCGUCCGAUUCGGAGUCCUCGUCGGAGGAUGACGAGCGCGUUGAUGGACCGCGUCGUGUCCGCGCUGACUCCUCCGAUGAGGAUGAUGAUGACGAUGAGGGCGCGGCGACGGGUAGCCUGCGCAAGGUCGCCGCCGGCGGCAAACAUGCUUAUCAGCACGUCCAUCAGCUCGAGUGGGACGCCACGAUGUAAUCUCUUUCAUUCGGUAACACACGUAAGACACAAACACAAAUCUAUCCCAACAAGAACAAGAUAAAAACACAAAACAAAUCAAAAAACAAAAUGUCCGUAAACUACUUAUGCGGCAAUGAUGAAUAAAAACAAAAACUGAAUUAUUAAUUAACAUCAACAUCAGAUGGAUUGAUAAAAGCUGAAUAUAUAUAUCGAGAGUAAGCAAUUUGGUAGGAAAUCAUGCGAGUGUGAUGCGCGAAUGUGAAAUUGAUUGAAACUGCGAGCGAACGAUGUGCGACGAUGAGCAGCUAGUUGAAAAAAAAAUAACAAAAAAUGAGAAAUUGAAGUUUAAUAAACAAAAGAACAUAAUAAUCGUCCAUAUACAUACAUAUAAUAUAUAUAUUGAUACUACAUAUAUAUAAAAAUCUAUAAAUAUAUAUUGAUAACGUGUUGUAGGAAGAAAAAAUGACAAAAACACACACAAAACCGAGAUAAAUAGCUCCAGAAAGCUCAAAAAUAAUUCCAGAUUGAAAUUGAUCAUGAAAUAAACAAAUCCUCCAGAGAAACCAGUGAAAAACGGGCAUAAAACAUGGAAAAUUAGGGUAAAUACUUAAAAUAAAUGUACGUUAAAUACAUACCUACCGUAUAAAAGCGCUUUUCGACUUGCAGAACUUUUCAAAUUGUAUGUAAUAAUAUUAAGCUAAGGAAAACAACACACACGGACACACACUACACACAAAAUGUAAGCACAUCGUAGUCGCAAAUUAAAAUGCAAAUUGCAGACGCAUCGCACGAUGAGAACAAAUGAAGAAAAACAAACAAAAACUUUUUUACUCGAUGUUUAUUCGUUGGUGGACUUAAUGCAGAUUUUAAAACUAACUAUAGCAAGAAAUAAGAGGUAUAAGUGCCGUACAACGGUCUCAAAAACACAAAAUUAAAAUUUACAAACAAAAAAAAUAAUUUUAAACACAUUUCAACUAGAAAAAUGAUAAAAAUGUCAUGUUUAUAACCUCAAUUCAUUGCUCCGACCGUUGUGCGGCACUAACACGUGAAAAUACUAUGAAUAUAAAGAAUAUAUGUUUAUUUUUUGGGGGCUAUAGAUAGAAACAAAGUAAAAACGUAGAUAGGGAUAGAUUAACGAGAUGCAGAAUAAUUUGUACGUAUGAUAAGCAAGCAAACAACAAAAUAACGCUUGGGUUUGAUGUUAUUUUUCGUGAGUAACGCGCAUGCGCGCAAAGAGAAGAAAUUCCGAACACACUAACUGUACUUAAACUCUAAAACCUAGUGAUAAGCGCUUAAUGCAGGCGAGCGAAUGAGGCGACUGACUGUGGCUAAGAUUAAUCAAUAGCAGAGAGAGGAACACACGCAACACACAUGAAAUCAAAAAAUACAAUUAUUUCCAGGACACACACACACACAACGCGUCAUAUCAUGUUUCGUAAAGUCAAUCAAGGUACGAGUGGACUCUUAUAUCUUGGACAUUGUACUUGUUGUCGUGUUAAUUAAUCGUGUUGAAUGUUUUCUACACACACACACAUUGUGUCUGCGCACAUCUUGAAGCAUUUAUUAUGAUUGAGAAUCAAUAUUAUUACCGUUUGAGUAUUUGUAUGGUAUUGUUCAAGUGUUCACUUAAUUACUCUUAGUGGGUGGUUUUUUUUAUUAGCGAAAUGUUGCCAUAUUUUAUCGAAUUUGAAUUUUGUUUAUGUUUAUAUUUGCCGCAAGCGCGAAAUUUGAUGAUGGUUUUUCUACUAGUUAAGGUUUUUAUUAGGAUAAUUACACAUUGUACACAUGCACGCAGCGACGCCGCCAUUUUGUCUAAUUUUUAUUCUAGCCGAGAUAUUGUAACACUUAGUUUACGCAAAUUUACAUUCCAGCGACGACACGAUUUAAUGUUCUUUGACACCCGCCACGACACUAAUGAUGUACAUAAAUAACUCUACUACCGAAUGUUGAAACUGCGGCAGUGAUGAUUUUCGGUGAGGAAAAACCGGUGUGGGAAAAGUUUUGCGUAGAUGUUUCCUUUCCACAAAUGCAAACACCGUGUGUAAAACUUGGAUGUAAAUUUCAAUUAAAACUUUAAACUUUCAAUGGAUUCAAGCGAGGUGGGUGAAGCAAUGACGAUGAGAAUGAAAUAACGAUGAGAUGAUAAUUACAUUUACGACUAAUGAUAAUUAUAUUAUAUAUAAAUAUGAAUAUAAAUAAUAUUAUAAUGAUAAACGCUUAGUUGAGAUGAAUGAAUAUCAAUCAAUGUUAUGUAUAAUUAAAGUGGGUUUUAGUUGACUUAAA